GACAGGGAGGGAAUUUGUGACGGACCUAUAUUGGUAUAUUUGGUUCCGCGUCGGUCAUGGCGAGUGUUCACGAGAGUCUAUAUUUUAACCCUAUGAUGACAAAUGGGGUUGUUCACGCUAACGUGUUCGGUAUUAAAGACUGGGUGACACCGUAUAAAAUCUCGGUUUUGGUGCUUUUGAGUGAAAUGACUAAAAAUAAGGAGAUCAGUUUGUUGGAGAAGAGACGGUUGAAUAAGCAGAUUUUGCCUAUUCUGCAGGGCCCAGAUAUGACACUUUCAAAGUUACUCAAGAUUAUUGAGCAGUGUUGUCCAGGUUGUGCAAGUUCAGUGCAAAUCAGGAUAAAACUGAUGGCUGAGCAAGGGCUAAAGGACAUGGAGCAGUUUUUUGAUGAUCUUGAUGACUUUUACUGUGGUACAGAUCAUGAGGUGAACAAAACGAGCGUUGUUGGGCUGUACCUUCGGCAUAUGUUCUUGGCGUAUAAUAAGCUUUCGUUCAGUCAGGUGUACAAACUGUAUACAUCACUGCAGCAGUAUUUUCAGAGUGAGAAAAGCACAACAGAUUUGAAGAAAGAAAAUGAUGAGGCAGAUAUGGACCUGACAAAUAGCGAUGAUGAUGAUGAUAGUGAACGAAAGCUGGAGAAGGAAGACCUUGAUUUCCCUAUUAGAGAAGAAGACCUGGCUUGCAGUGGACCUCUGUCCCAAAAACAAGCAGAGUAUUUUCUCUCUCAUCAGGCUGCUUUACUGAAGAAUGAUGAGAACAAAGCUUUGUCUCCUGUCCUGUUGCAAAAGGAGCUGAACAGUUUGCUGAAGUUUAAUCCAGAUUUUGCAGAAGCACAUUAUUUAAGCUAUUUAAAUAGCCUGAGAGUCCAAGAUGUCUUCAGUUCUACUCACAGUCUUCUGCAUUACUUCGACCGCUUGAUCCUCACCGGUGCAGAGAGUAAAAGUAAUGGGGAUGAAGGUUAUGGACGAAGCCUUCGAUACGCUGCUCUAAACCUAGCUGCUCUGCAUUGCCGCUUUGGACACUAUCAACAAGCUGAGCUGGCACUUCAGGAGGCGAUAAGAAUAGCGCAAGAGUCCAGUGAUCAUGUGUGUUUGCAGCACUGUCUGAGCUGGCUUUACAUCUUGAAGCAGAAAAAAGGUGCAGACAGCAGCGUUCUCUUAGAAAAUUCAGUAAAAAAAGCUGUACACUUUGGGUUACCGUAUUUGGCUUCCCUUGGUAUUCAGUCUUUGGUUCAGCAAAGAGCAUUUGCUGGAAAGACAGCGAAUAAACUUAUGGAUGCUCUAAAGGAUUCUGACCUCCUCCACUGGAAGCACAGCCUAUCCGAGCUUAUUGAUAUCAGCACUGCCCAGAAGACCGCUAUAUGGAGAAUGUAUGGCCAAAGCACUAUGGCACUGCAGCAGGCACAAAUGCUUCUCAGUAUGAACAGCUUGGAUGCUGUAAAUGUGGGUGUUCAACAAAACAACACUGAGUCCUUUGCUGUAGUUCUGUGCCAUCUUGCAGAGAUACAUGCAGAGCAGGGUUGUUUUUCUGCAUCGUCUGAGAUUUUAAAACAUCUGAAGGAAAGGUUCCCCCCAAACUGCCAGCAUGCAAAGCUUUGGAUGCUGUGCGAUCAGAAAAUCCAGUUUGACAGGGCAAUGAAUGAUGGAAAAUAUCACACAACAGAUUCUCUUGUGACUGGUAUUACUGCACUUGACAAUGUGGAGGGACUGUACAGGAAAGCCAUUGUAUUAAAAGCUAAGAAUCAAACUGCAGAGGCCCAUAAAAUGUUACAGGUGCUCUUAACCCACUGCCAAAAGAAAAAGAACAUUGAGAUGAUGAUACGUAUCCUCCUGUCCUUAGCAGAGCUGUACUGGAGGUCAUCCUGUCAUCCAGUGGCAAUACCUGUAUUACUACAAGCUCUAGCUCUUUCCCGAGAAUACCGUCUGCAGUAUCUCUCCUCCGAGAUACUACUAAACUUGGCUUUCUCACAGCUCAUGCUUGGAAUCCCGGAGCAAGCCUUAAACAUUUUACACAUGGCAAUAGAACCUAUCAUGGCUCAUGGAGCAGUACUAGACAAGGGUCGAGCCAUGCUACUAGUGGCAAAAUGUCAAGUGGCUUCAGCAGCAUCCUACACUCCACAGAAAAAAACUGAAACUCUGGAGUCAGCCAUACUUAACCUCAAUGAGGCUAAAUCUUAUUUUGCAAAGGUGGACUGUAAAGAGCAGAUAAGAGACAUCCUAUACUUGCAAGCGAGACUGUUCCACAGCUUGGGAAAUUCCCAGGAAAGGAAUAAAUGCUCUAUGCUUUUCCGACAGAUCCAUCAGGAGCUUCCCUCACAUGGUGUCUCUUUAAUAAACCGACUGUAGUAGCAUUAACAUGUUAUAAAUGUUUAUCAUAAUGUUUACAAAAAGUUACAUUCCUAAAAGGUUUAAAAUGGUAAUGCCAUUUAAAGGACCAUGAUACCCAAGUGUGGAAGCACAUGAGUGAUGCUGCAUAGCUGUAAAAAGCUGACUAGAAAAUAUCACCUGAACUCAUCUCUAUGUAAAAAAGGAAGCUAUUUACCUCAAAAUGUCCUAAGUAUUCACAACCCAUUGUAAAGGGACUUUAAACCCAAAAUAUUUAUUUUAUUAAGUUCGAGAAUACAAUUUAAAAAAAAGUUUCCAAUUUACUUCUAUUAUAAUUAUUUGUUUCCUUCUACUGAUAUUCUUUGUUGAAGAGAUACCUAGGUAGACAACGUGCAAAUGCCUAAAGCACUACAUGACAGGAAACAGUGCUGCCAUCUAGUGCUCCUGCUAAUGUAUAACAUUGUUGCAAAACUGCUGUAAUAUAGUGCUGCAGACACGUGCACACUUCUUAACUUACAUCCUUGCUUUUCAACAAAGGAUAAUAAGAAAAAUAAGAAAAUGUGAUAACAGAAUUAAAUUUGAAAGUUGUUUAAAAUUGUGUACUCUUAUCUGAAUCAUGAAAGAAAAAAAAUGGGUUUAUGUCCCUUUUAAGCAGCCAUUCAGGAUACUAGUCUCAGGACUUGCAAGGGAGUGUGCAUCUGGCAUGUGCAGGCACCGUCAUGUUAUUUCCCUGUUCAGUUUAUGGACGUUUACUAUGAAAUCUCAUGAGAUUUCAGUGAAAGAUUAUGAGAUCACAGCAACGUAUAUCAUGACCAUGAUGCUGAUUGGCUAUUGUUUAGCUAUUUGCCAGCUGCAAGUUGAAAAAUUUAACAAAAGUAUAACUGUUAACAGAGCACUUACUCUUAUAAGCUGAAGAAAUUGAGGUGAAAUAUCUUCCUUUUUUUACAUAGAGAUGAUCAGGUGAUAUUUUCCUUUCAGCUUUUUACAGCUAUGCUGCAUCACUUUCAAGGGAUUUAGCAUAUGGGUAUUAUGUCCCUUUAAAGACAGAAGCCUUUCCCACAAAAUGAAAUAGGACCAGUGUAACAUAAUGGACACACAGGAGUAUUAUUUUAUGGGGAAGUUGUGCAAAUACAUGUAAACGUUUCCAACCACCUAAGCCAAUACUUAAAGAUAUAAUAUAUUAAUAUUGGUUCUCUAGUCUGUAAGCAGGUCAUGUUAGACUUUGGCUACUAUUCAGACUAUAUUGUCAUAUAAAUAUAUAAAGAUUCAUCCUUUCCCCUAUCAGAUCCUUGAAUAUGAACUGUUCUUUAUUUUCUUUAUCCAACAUAUAGGGACUCAUUCAAUGAUGUACAGUAUAGUGAUUUGUAUGUUGAUGCUUGUAAAUAAAUGCAGCAUUUUUCAUUAGA